AUGUUUAAAAGCUAUUACCAUAAUACUAGUGCGGAGCCUUUUGUGUAUCGAAAUGUCGGCGAACAGCUGGAUCUUAUGUGCAAAGAAUAUCCAGAUCGUGAAUGCCUGGUAUUCUGCGCAGAAAAAAAACGUUUCACGUAUGCCGCUUUACACAAUGACGUCACCAAGUUUGCUCAAAUUUUGCUGUCGCUCGGUUUUGAUGUUGGCGACCGGUUAGGGGUCUGGUUACCGACAACAUCGGAGAAUAUUUGUGUGACAUUAGCAGCUGCGAAAGUGGGUUUAAUCAAAGUUAAUUUAAAUCCCACUUUAACUGCAAGAGAACUAAAAGAUUUUCUUUUACUAAGUGGAUGUCGUGGCUUAAUAUUUCAAAAACAGGUUAAGUCUGUGGACGACUGUUGGUCGCAAUUAAAUAUUCUUUCAGCAACGCUUCAGUCGUGCGAGCCUGGUGAUUUGAGGGAUCCUGACUUACCGUCGUUACAACAUGUGAUCCUUGUUUCACAGGAUGAACAGAUCGAAUACUCUGUGCCAGGAGUUCACGUACUCCAGAAGAUUAUGGUGACGAGUUCACCUGAAGACGUAUUAGAAAGACAAAAUUUAGUGGAAUGUGAAAGUCCUGCAUGCAUUUUUUUCACGUCGGGGACGACAGGUCAACCCAAAGCAUCGGCUAUAAGUCAUUUUACCAUUGUCAAUGAGAUCAACCAGUCAUGGGGAACAGACUGCGACCAAUUUUAUGAGCGCCUCUGCGUGCCAGUGCCAAUCUAUUUUAUAUACGGUUACAUGAAUGCCACCAUGCACAUAUUGAGCAUAAUAAGACCAACUUGCAUCAUUUAUCCUUGGUCUUUGCCGACGAGUGAUAUAGCACAUUUGACAGAAGUUAUCCACAAUGAACGCUGUACCGCGUUACUUGGAGUUCCAACAAUACUUUUUGAUUUAAUGCAGUAUAAACGUCAACAUGAAUGUGAUUUCAAGUCGUUACAGCUAGUAAUACUUAGUGGUGCACCAGUAUCAGCUGCUUUUAUCCAACGAAUAGAGUCAGAACUAGAAACUCCAUAUGUGGCGCAAGUUUACGGUCAAACAGAAUCGGGUCGGAUUGCAACCACCUCGUUUGUACCCACUGAUUGUCCAAGACAGCGUUAUGAAUCAAUGGGCAAAUGUGUUCCUCGACGGGAAAUCAAAAUCAUCGAUGUGAACUCAAAGCGUAUCGUACCAUUAGGAGAGACCGGCGAAAUCUGCACGCGUAGUUUUCAUACAAUGUGCGGUUAUUGGUCGAACGAACAGAAAACUCGUGAAGUGAUUGAUAAUACACAAUGGAUGCAUACGGGAGACCUGGGAGCUUUAGAUGCGGAUGGUUGCCUCUAUUUUCGUGGGCGUGUUAAAGAUAUGAUCAUCCGCGGGGGCAUAAAUAUUUUUGCUUUCGAUAUCGAAACAUGUCUCGAGCAGCAUGAUGCAAUUCAAAAAGCUCAAGUUUUUGGAAUUCCGGAUGAACGUCUUGGUGAGAUUGUAUGUGCUUUUGUAAUCACUAAGCGCGAGAUUGACGAACAAGAGCUUAGAAUCUUCCUUCAAAAACACCUUGCAUACUUCAAAAUUCCUAAGUACAUUCGACCGAUUGAUGUAUUUCCAGUGACAAUUAAUGGGAAGAUACAAAAAUUCAAACUCUCCGCUAUCAUGCAACAGCUUUUAAGCAAUGAAGACAAUAGGACUUAG